GAUCGCGUAAAGUAUAACUUCUCCUUUCUCUUCCUUGAUCAAAAAAGCAAGAAUCAGUCGGUAAAAGAAAAUAAGAAGAAACAAAUGAAGAAAGAAGAAACAGUGAAGUUGAUCAGUGCUGAGGGUUUCGAAUUUGUGAUCAGUAAAGAAGCUGCUAUGGUUUCUCAAACCAUUAGAAACAUGCUUACUUCUCCAGGUGGUUUUGCUGAAUCACAGCGUGGAGAAGUUAGAUUUCCAGAGAUUAGUACUGUUAUCUUGGAGAAGAUUUGUCAGUACUUUUAUUGGUCUCUUCAAUUCGUCAAUGGAAAGGAGACAGAGUUCCAUAUUGAACCUGAAUUGACUCUCGACUUGAUGAUGGCUGCAAAUUAUCUCCAUACAUGAGGGAGUCACUUCUCCCUACUUCUUGGCUGCAACUUCCCUGAAAAUAUUGAUAUCCAGACGGUGAUAUUGUUUGCCAGGAAGAGACCUAAGAUAUGCAGCUGUAUUGGCUGAUCUAUUUGGUCUUCUUUAUAUUUGAUUUUUCUUUCCAAAAGACUGUACGAAAGAACUAACUUAUAAAUUGUAAUAACUGAGAGUGAGUAUUUACUGGUUGCCUCAUUUUCUUAAACCCUUUGAAAACUUGAACUUUGCAAAGUUAAAUAAUAAUUUUUCUUGCUAGCGUCUCA